UAUUUAGAUAUUUUGCUAAAUUAAUCAGAUGACGGUUUCCUACAGUGGGGAUGUAGCGAAUGCCAGUAGAUUUGGUAUCUUCAUAAAGAUUUUGCUCCGAUGGCGUGGUUCUGUGUACAAACUAGUGUUCAAGGAACUGAUAGCGUACAGUGCUAUGUACAUGGUUGUCAACAUUAUGUACAGGUUGAUACUGGUGGCUAAUAGUGAUGAUUGUGAUGAAGCUUUACCUAGUUGCAUUAGAUGGAAAAAAUACAGGGUAGUUUUUGAGACCCUGCGUCUGUAUGUCAACAAUAAUAUUCGAACUAUCCCUCUCACAUUUGUCCUAGGCUUUUAUGUCAGUUUGGUUUUAAACCGUUGGUGGAAACAGUACAAAACUUUACCCUGGCCAGAUUCCUUCGCGAUAAUGCUAGUUGGAGUUUUUGUUGUGGAUAAUGAUGACAAGGGUAGAAUACUGAGAAGAACUAUGAUCAGAUAUGUCACCCUGGCAUACUGUAUUGCACUCAGGACGGUGAGUUUUCGUCUGAAGAAACGAUUUCCAACAAUCGAGCAUCUGGUUCAUGCAGGGCUUAUGAGACAGGACGAAUACGAAGAGUUCCAACGGUUAGAUGAGAAGGUAGUUGCUAAUAAAUGGUUCCUUCCUCUGGUUUGGUGUGCCAAAAUAAUCGGAGAGGGAGUAGAAAAUGGAAACCUUAAUGCUCCGUCUGGUUCUACGGUUAUGAACGAGGUUGGAAAGAUUCGACAAGGUUUAACAACAAUCCUUACUUAUGAUUGGAUAUCCAUCCCUCUAGUUUAUACUCAGGUUGUAACCUUGGCAGUUUAUUUCUAUUUUGCUGGAGCUUUGUUUGGCUCCCAGUGGGUUGCACCUACGAGAGAUGAGGAUUUCGCGAAAAUGCCAGCGGAAAAGCAAACAGGACGAAUUGAUCUUUUCUAUCCAUUCUUCCUGACUUUGCAGUUUGCUUUCUUUGUUGGAUGGUUAAAGGUUGCUGAGACCCUUAUUAAUCCCUUCGGAGAGGAUGAUGAUGAUUUUGAGCUGAACAGGCUUCUUGAUCGACACUUGCAUGUUGGGUUUUUGAUUGUUGAUCCGUCGAAGGAGAAGCCUGAACUAUUGAAGGAUAGUUAUUGGGAUGAACAGAUCCCGGCUGAGAUUCCAUACACCUUGGCUUCAGUAAAGGAUAGGAAUACAGAGUUUCAGGGCUCAGCUGAGAUUACUCUCAACUAUGAUUUAAGAAUGUAUCUCACGGACAAGUUUUAUCAGGAUGUUGGGGGACCAACACAACUUAGGAGACGAGCCAAAUCUCGCGAAACUAUUUACGAGAGUGUUAGAAAUCUCAGAUUCCCGAAAUCAAGGAGAUUAUCUCAGAUCUCUCAUUUGUUUGCCAGGAAGAAGAGGCCCCAGAGAUUUCAACGCUUCAGAUCCAGAAAGAAUUUUAUGACAGCACAGCCAGAGCAUUUCCCGUCCGCCGUGCUGGGUCAGGUUGACCCAAGGAGACGUGACUCCCUUGACCCCACCCUUCUCCUGGUUGACCCAAGGAGACGUAACUCUCUUGACCCCACCCUUCUCCUGGUUGACCCAAGGAGACGUGACUCUCUUGACCCCACUCUUCUCCUGGUUGACCCAAGGAGACGUGACUCUCUUGACCCCACCCUUCUCCUGGCCGACAUGGAGUUUUUAGAGAACUAUAAUAUUGUUUAGUUUCAUUUUGAUCAAAACCUGAAAAGGGGUUGUUCAAUUGUUAUACAAGGAAUUUUAACAAUCUCAGUCUCCGAUACUAUGCAAGAUAUAGAAAAGAAAACUCUGAAAAAAGAGAUUUCAGACUUAAGUUAUGACUUUAAAAGUCUAAUGAACAUGAGACACAGCACUUUUGAGUUUGUGCAAAACUCAAUUCCUUUGGUAUUAAUUGUUGGUAUAAGUAUGUCAUGUUUAAUGCGCAUGAUUGCAUUGCCUCCCCUUUUUCCUUCUCGGCCCUAUCAACGUAACUUCAAAAAACCAUCAUUUAAUGAUUCACAUCGGUGCCAUUUAAACUUUUAUCUAAGUAUUAUGAUGGGGGGCAAAACAGUAUGAUUAAUAAUUCGAGACUUUUCUUGAAGAUGUCUUAUUCAGCUCUGAAAAGCAUAAAAUACAUAAAUGUUGGAGAGGCUUAUAUAAAGAACAGCAACAAAAAUCUAAGAUUAUUUCCAAAAAAAGUGACUUGAAAACCUUGUCAUCUAGAAAAUAUAAAAUUUUACUUCAAUAUUAGUACUUUUGGAAAUCCGCAAAUGAAAACAGGAAAAUCUGCAAAAUACUUUUUUUAUUUUAAAAUGUCCGAAAAGAUUUCAUCAAAAACAGCUUCAAAAAGCUAAGAUUAACCUUGUCAUUACUUAUUGAAAUGUUAGUACUUUUGAAUAGAGGUACUCAACACUCAUUCUGUUGUUGACAAUAACUUUAAUGAAUUACUUAGAUUAUAAUAUAUAACUUUGUUUGUUUAGAUUUACAACAUGCAUAUUGAAUAACUAAACUUAAUAA